GAAGAGAGCCCCUUCCUCCUCUUGAUUUCCCUUUGCAUGCUCAGCCUCUUGUUUCCUUUAAAGCACUAGAAAUCCCCCCUUCUUGCCCCCACUCCUCCAUGCAGACUGGGAUUGCAAUGGGAGCUUUGCAGAUUGCUGGACUUGCCAUCCUUUUCUUUCUCCUUCACUCUGGAAACACGCUGGCAAAUAAAGCCAGUCAAGAUGUCGACGAGUGCGUGGAGGGCACCGACAACUGCCACAUCGACGCCAUCUGCCAGAACACCCCCAAGUCCUACAAGUGCAUCUGCAAGUCCGGCUACACCGGCGAUGGGAAGCACUGCAAAGACGUCGACGAGUGCGAGCGGGAAGACAACGCAGGCUGCGUCCACGAGUGCGUGAACAUCCCUGGCAACUACCGCUGUACCUGCUACGACGGCUUCCGCCUGGCGCACGACGGCCACAACUGCUUAGACCUGGAUGAAUGCUCGGAGGGCAACGGCGGCUGCCAGCAGACCUGCGUCAACAUGAUGGGCAGCUACGAGUGCUUCUGCCGGGAGGGCUUCUUCCUCAGCGACAACCAGCACACCUGCAUCCAGCGCCCCGAAGAAGGAAUGAACUGCAUGAACAAGAACCACGGCUGUGCCCACAUCUGCCGGGAGACCCCCAAGGGGGGCAUCGCCUGCGAGUGCCGCCCUGGCUUUGAGCUCACCAAGAACCAGCGCGACUGCAAACUGACCUGCAACUACGGGAACGGAGGCUGCCAGCAUACCUGCGACGACACCGACCAAGGGCCCAAGUGCGGCUGCCACGUCAAGUUUUUGCUGCACUCUGACGGGGUGACAUGCAUAGGGGAGAGACACUUCCAGCAACACGUUAUCCUUGAGACGUUUUCUAAUGAGACGUGUGCCGUGAACAACGGGGGCUGUGACAGCAAGUGUCACGACGCGGCGACGGGCGUGCACUGCAGCUGCCCCAUGGGCUUCAUGCUCCAGUCGGACAGGAAGACAUGCAAAGACAUCGAUGAGUGCCGGCUCAACAACGGUGGCUGCGACCACAUCUGCAGAAACACAGUGGGCAGCUUCGAGUGCAGCUGCAAGAAGGGCUACAAGCUGCUCAUCAACGAGAGGAACUGCCAAGACAUUGACGAGUGCUCCUUCGACCGGACCUGCGACCACCUCUGCAUCAACACCCCCGGCAGCUUCCAGUGCCUCUGCAACAAGGGCUACAUACUGUACGGGCUCACCCACUGCGGAGACAUAGACGAAUGCAGCAUCAACCGGGGCGGCUGCAAAUUUGGCUGUAUCAACACUCCUGGCAGCUACCAGUGUACCUGUCCUGCCGGCUGCAAGCUGCACUGGAACAAAAAGGACUGUAUAGCCGGAGCGUGUCCCUCAGAGCUGGUGAAAUGCCUGCCAGGUUCGGUGCCGCCGCGGGCCACCCUCACCUGCAACAAGACGGGCAAGAAGGACAGCUGUGCCCUCACCUGCGCCUCCAAGGCUCACUUUCUGCCAGAGUCUGACAACAGCUACACAGUGAGCUGUGGGACCCCCGUCCUGCGGCAGGGCGGCCAGCAAAGACCCGCCAACAGCAGCCAGCAGUGCCUCGAGACUGUCGCUGCGCCAAUUAAGCAAAAGGCUUCCUUCAAGAUCAAGGAUGCCAAGUGCCACCUGCACCCACGGGCCAAGGGCAAGCAGGAUGAGGCCGGGAAGGCUGGGGUGCAAGGUGAUUCGGCGCCUUGCUCUGACUGCCAGGUUGCCUUCGUCAACCUCAAGUGUGACUCGUCCAAGAAGGGGAAGGGCCGCCGGGCUCGCAACUCCUCCAACAAGGAGGUGACACGCAUCACACUGGAGUUCGAGGCGGAGAUCAAGCCAGAGGAGAUCACAGCCAGCUGCAACCUGCACUGCCUGCGGCAGAGAGUGGAGAAAAAGCUGAAGUCAGCCAUCAAAGCCCUGAAGAAAUCCAUCAACCAGGAGCGGUUCCUGCUCCGCUUUGCAGGGAUGGAGUACGAGGUGGCGAGGAAGCUGAGCGUGGCCCCAGAGCGGCAGGAGAGCUGCGGGCCGGGCCAGCAGCGCCUGGGCGGCAAGUGUGUUAGCUGCUCGCAGGGAACGUAUUACCACGGCCAGACAGAACAGUGCGUCCCCUGCCCUCCUGGCACCUACCAGGAGAAGGAAGGACAGCUCUCCUGUGACCUGUGUCCCCGCGGUGAUGCUUUUGGACCAGUGGGAGCCACCAACAUCACUGGCUGCACGGGUCAGUGUCCCCCUGGCCAGCACUCAGCCGAUGGCUUCAAGCCCUGCCAGCCGUGUCCCCGCGGGUCCUACCAGCCCGAGGUGGGGCGGGCGCUCUGCUUCCCCUGUGGCGGGGGGCUGACCACCCGCCACGACGGAGCCCUCUCCUUCCAGGACUGUGACACCAAAGUCCAGUGCUCCCCCGGGCAUUACUACAACACGAGCGUCCACCGCUGCAUCCGCUGCGCCGUGGGCACCUACCAGCCCGAUUUUCGGCAGAAUUACUGCAUCGCCUGUCCCGGCAACACCACCACCGACUUCGACGGCUCCACCUCCGUGUCCCAGUGUAAAAACCGGCAGUGCGGAGGGGAGCUGGGCGAAUACACGGGCUACAUCGAGUCCCCCAACUACCCGGGGAAUUACCCUGCCAACGUCGAGUGCACCUGGAACAUCAACCCGCCGCCCAAGCGCAAGAUCCUCAUCGUGGUGCCAGAGAUCUUCCUCCCCUCCGAGGACGAGUGCGGCGAUGUCUUGGUCAUGCGGAAAAACUCCUCCCCAUCCUCCAUUACCACCUACGAGACAUGCCAAACCUACGAGAGGCCCAUUGCCUUCACCGCCCGCUCUCGGAAACUGUGGAUCAACUUCAAAACCAGUGAAGCCAACAGUGCCCGGGGCUUCCAGAUCCCCUACGUCACCUACGACGAGGACUAUGAGCAGCUGGUGGAGGACAUUGUGCGGGACGGCAGGCUCUACGCUUCUGAAAACCACCAGGAAAUCCUCAAGGACAAAAAGCUCAUCAAAGCUUUCUUCGAUGUGCUGGCGCACCCCCAGAACUACUUCAAGUACACAGAGAAACACAAGGAGAUGCUGCCCCGCUCCUUCAUCAAACUCCUCCGCUCCAAAGUCUCCAGCUUCCUCCGGCCUUACAAAUAGCCCUCCGCACCCCCACUGCCCCUGGGUCGCCCCACAGCCAAGGAAACCUUCUUCUCCCUUCCUUCUCCUUUCCGAUUUUCUCCUUCCUCCACUUGGCUCUGGCAGGACCGCCACCUCUCACCCCGCAGACGUCCCCCCACGAUUUCUCCACCACUCCCCGCAGAGCCAUGCCCCCGGCCAGGGGCGGAUGCUCCAGUCUCAUCCAGCCGCUGGCGAAGCUGCUCCUCUCUUCCGAAGCAUCUUCUUCAUUGUAGGAAACCGAAGUGCUGGUCCUUUCGCUGGCCUCUGUUCUCCCUUUGGUUUCCUUUACGCCAGGUCUGUCCCCGUUCCCUGGUGCCAUCGGCAGCCCGGGACAUCGGGGCGGGGGUGUCAUCGUCCUUCCAGCCCAUGGGGCUGGCACUGGCUGCAGCCCCACUAAGCCCUUUCGCAGAGGAGUGCAAGAAGGUAACGCCAUAUUUAUUGCAGUGCCCGAGUCAUGGGCAUCGGCAUCGCUUUGCAGAGAUUGGGGGAAAAGAAUUUUGAAAAGCAUACUUGAUUAAAAGGAAAUUUUAAAGGAGAGAUUGGCAAAGCACACCAGCAAAUGGCAACCGUGAUGGCUCUGGUGGCCGUCCCACUGGAGAGCCAUGCUGGUGCUGGGAGGAAAGCUCAGCCAAGCCACGUUCCCGGAGAACAAUGUCUGGCUGCACGGGAGAAAACAGGGAGCGAAGGAGAAGGACUUUCAGCCGGGUUCGGGUUUUUUUUCCCCCCACCCCAGAUACUUGUGCCAAGAAACCAGACUGUCUUACAAGCUCUGCCAAAGAGUAACUCAGAAAAGCAAGCUUUGUGAAGAGCAGGAGUAAAUGUUUGUGCACUAGGAUAUCCUCCUUUCUACCUUUUUCAUAUGUAUUAAGUGCAAUCAUUUGAGUCUUCUUUAUAUUAUUUAGAGGGAAGGGUUUGUUUGUUUUUGUUUUUUUUUUCUACUAGAAAUGACAAUAUUUAUACCUGCCUGAGAAAUGAGAAU